AUGGAGGAGCCCGUGGGGAAGGCGCAGCAGCCCUGCAGCAUCUGCAUGGAGCCCAUGGCGCCUUCUGACGCCCACCGCGGCGGCAGCGGGUGCGCGCACGCCUUCUGCCGGGCGUGCCUGGCGGGCCAUGUCCGCGCCAAGGUCGAGGCCGGCGCGGCCGUCGUGCGGUGCCCCGGUGUGUCCUGCGCCGGCGCUCUCGACCCGGAGCUGUGCCGCGCCGCCCUCCCGGCCGACCUGUUCGUGCGGUGGUGCGGGGUGCUAUGCGAGUCCAUGUUCCUCGGGGCGCGGCGGACCUACUGCCCUUUCCCUGACUGCUCCGAGAUGAUGGUGGCCGACGACGACGGUGGCGGCGCGUCCGAGGGGUGCGUCACGCAGUCGGAGUGUCAGGUGUGCAGGCGGCUGUUCUGCGCGCAUUGCGCGGUGCCGUGGCACGCCGGCGUGAGCUGCGCCGAGUUCGCGCAGCUCGGCGCCGGGGAGCGCGGCCGUGAGGAUCUGCUGCUCGUUGAGGCCGCCAGGGAGUGCAAAUGGAAGCGCUGCCCGCGGUGCCGGUUCUACGUCGAGAAGUCCCAUGGCUGCCUGCACAUCACAUGCAGGUGCGGCUUUGAGUUCUGCUAUGGAUGUCAAAAGCCGUGGAAACUCGAACACGACGGCUGCCCUGGAGAAUGA